AUGGACGAAGCGCAAGAAGCAACAGGCCCGGUUCGAGACAAGGGAAGAAGCAAUAACAGAAAGAGAUUGUUCAGCCCUACCGCCGAAACGCUCACCGAAGCACCACCACCGAAAAGGGUCAAUCGAGGCUGCGAUGAGAAUGACUCUACGGAUGAUCACGAGAUCGCUUCGCUCAAGGCCAUACUAGGAUUGAAUGAGAACCCAGAUGAAGCACUCCGCAAAUAUCUGCAGAACCUUCGCAAUGAGGAGGAUGUACAGACGUUUUACAAUACAUUCAAGAAAGAGUUGAAGCUGGCGCCCGCUCCAGAAUCAACCCCUCCAGCCGAAGAUAAGGCAAAGUAUCCGGUGGUCGACCCAAAAGCAUUGGCAGAGGUACGGGCUAAGGUGGCUAAGGAGGCUAAGACGGGUAAGAAGGGAAGUUCGGAAAAACUAACAGAGUUCUUCUUUUUCCUUCUUCUUUCGACCGAGGUUCAGGCCAUAGUAUUGAAGAUGCAUCUUGUCCAAGACUCAGAAGUCAUCUGUCCUUUCUAUUGCCACGGGUACAGACCAGACGACCCAGUCUUCACUCUCAAAGAACUGGAUGUAAUGAGCAGAUAUCCUGUUCCUGCCAUCUGGCAUCGAGAAAGACCAAACGUCAACCUCGCCCUUCUUGGAGUCAACAAAGACUUGAGGACUCUUGGCUCGCCAUAUUUCUGGUGCAGUCACUACUUCCUCUUCAACGACGCCAGAAGCUGCCUCUGGUUCUUCGAGAAGAUUGGUACGGCCAACAUGCGUCAAGUCCACCACGCGAUCUUCAACCUCAGCAGUGGUUUCUUCUUAUCAACGGAGUAUCGAAAAAAAUCCGACAUUUGCGAAGAGCAACGAUGGUGCAAAGUGUUCGAGCUCCUGAAAUCUAACCACCAACUAUGGAAGUGUAUCAUCCGCUUCUAUUCUUGGAAUGACCUCCUUCCUCGCAAAAAUCUGAGUGACGACGACAAAGUUAAGAUGACGAAAGGUCGGUUUGAUCUUGUGGCUAUCCUUGCGGGAUUUCGUGGUGUAGCUAGGGUGAUCGUGGAAAAUGACAAGUGCGACUUCUUAGGACAGCAUGAGAGAACUCAGUUGGCUCGGCUCAUGACUGCUACGGAGAAACAGAAGCCGCUUGGGAGCCACAGCAUGGAGAUAUCGAUGGUGGAGAAGUUGUAG